AUGGAAAAUGACGAUAACAGAGGCGACAAGAAGAGAGCCCGGGAAGAGUUUGAGAAUUUUGAGUCAGAGGCUAACUCGGUUCCCUUUUUAAAACUCUCUCGAGUCCACUCGUCCGAGUUCACUCGUGUGGAAUCCGACCUUGAUUACGUGGACGUUCAGUUGCCAGAGACAAAGCAUAUCCAGGAGGAUUUGCUGAACUUCCUGGACGAUUCCGACCCGGACAUUGGACCUGGGCUGGGGAUUCAGGGACUUGACUCGGUUCUCAAAAGUUUCGAAGAAGAGAUUGUAGUUCCGACUCAGGCGACGCUACCGGUAACAUCGUUGGAAACCGGCAACUCGAGGCCGGAUCUAGGGUUUCUUUUAGAGGCUUCGGAUGAUGAACUGGGUUUGCCACCGAGUUUUUCGUCUGUUGAGCAGGGCGUUGAUAUAGAGGGAAGUGUAGAGUUAGGAGCCGAUGGAAUAGAGGAAAUGAUGGGGUAUGAGUACCCGAUUCCGAGUUACGGAUCGUUUGACUUCGGAAUCGGCGGUGACUCAGAUGCCGACAACAAAAAUCAUAGUAAUAGUGGUGAUUUUGUGGCGUUAGGAGGCUUGUUCGAACCCAUCGUAGAAAUUUCGGAGCUAACCUCGUGA